UUCGUUUUGAAUCGCUGCGAGCGAGAAGCAAAUCCCCAAAAUCCCCAAUUCCCAUUCCACUUCCACCACCGCCCCUCGCCGGCGCCAUGGCCGACCACGACCUCGACGACGCCGCGCUCUGGGCCUGCGUCGACACCGCCGCCCAAGCCUCCCAGAGGGGCCUCCCCAAGCCCCCGCCCUCCCCCGCCAUCUCCCGGUGCGGCCCCGUCGACGACCCGCACCGCGGCGAGGUGCUGCAGCCCGCCCGCCCCUACAAGCUCCAGCGCAUCGCCUCCCACGCCCACGCCCACGGCCACGCCACGCCGCCUCCGCCCUCGCCUCCUCCGCCCUACAUGGCCCCCGACGCCUCCAGGGGGUUGAUGCUCGUCCAGCACCCGCGCCCCGAGCUGCCCUGGGUCACGGAGCCCAACGCCGCGAGCCCCGUCGCCGCCGCCGCCGCCGCCGCGCACAGCCUCUUCCCCGCCGCCGCCGCGUCCGUGGCCAGCUUCAGAAAGUACCAGGAGGUUUCCCUCUAGAUUUUAGACAAAGGCGACCACACCAUGAUCAGUGGGAAUCCAUACAUAAAGAAAUCAGGGUGGAGAAAAUUAUCGUGCUUCUACAAUAUCUCAUUUGAAAUCAGGGACCACUCUAUUGAGUACGAUGACAGCCACAGUGUCAACAGUGCUCAAUUUCUUGUCCGAGCGUCUAUGCAAAGUGGCAGGUUCUCAGAUGGUUGGGGUUCAUGUGAUCGACGAGAAAAAAGAUUUAACAAGCCAAACCAUGAUAUCCCCAGCACAGCUGAAACCAGAGCUAAGAACAAAGCUUGUCAGGAUCUUCUUGGCAUUGGCCAUAGCCGUACAGGAUGAGGCAUUGGUCCAAGGUCUGAUUGGGAUACUAGUAACUCAUCUGUCCUGUUAAACUGAAGACGGUAACUGCGGUGUAAAAGUGCCUUACGCAGGACCAGACAUGACACUCGUUUUAGAUGCUCGGAAAAUUAGUUUUGUGUUGAUUGUUGCGGUGGUAGCUACACAGACACUCCCAUACAUAGUAGCAAAAUUUCAGUAGCAAACACGAGGCGGUCACUUGGUAACUCAGCCAUUGUGGAUUUCUGUAUAUGCUAUAGCUUCUGGACCAAUUUAGUCAUAGCCAUUGUGGAUUUCUGUAUAUGCGAGAGCUUUCGGACCAAUCUAGUCCUAGUACAUGUGGGAAUCAUGCUUGUCGACCUACUGGAUAUAUUGCUCGUCUUAAUAUAAACAGAAGGCUCGGGACAAGGAUUUUGUGCA